AUUUUGAACUUGGCUGCUGGGACGACCAUUUUGUUUACAUGUGGUGCUGCCUUCAGUGGAUUUUAAUCACUGAUAACUUUUUUACCAAAAUUAGUUUUUUGCAGGAUAGUCACAGAUAUCCACAAUAAUGGAAACAUCAAAAAAGAUUGCUCCAUCAACAAAAAAAUAUGUGCUAUGUAAGAUGCCGGAAGAGUGGGCUACUCUGCCUGUGUUUUCUGAAGCUAGUCGACAACAUGGCUGUAUUGCACUCUAUACAAAGAGUAGGCGAGACCACAGCCUCGUAUACGAAGGCUACAUUCAUCCAGAUGCUCCUAAAAAGCUGUCAAGGUCAGCGUUGCAGCUACCACCAAGGACGGAGAGCUUUGCGCAGAAGCAUGAACGACUGCUGGAAAAGAUCAGAGCUGAGGAGGCUGAGGCUAAAGCUCAAGAAAAAAUCAUUUCAGAAGAGGAAAGGAACAGCGUAGGAGGCCAAGGUGUUGUCAGAGCGGAGCCGGCCCCCAUGCCAGGCAUUAAAGAUACAGCUGAUGAAUCCAAACAGCAGAUAAAAGCAGAGGCCACCAGUGAAACUAAAAACAAAUCAGAGCUUCUGAAUCUGUCUCUGCAGCGGACGGAGUCCAACACCGAUUAUCCACUUCCACAAGAAAUCCUGGACAGAAGAGAGAGUUUACUCCCAGUACCCCUUGAAGGAGGGACAGAAGAGUUUUUUCUUUGUCUUGAACCUUGGGAGGACACCAUAGACAUGGAGUUGUUAAACCGUUUGUAUUUGUGAAUAAAUAAUUUUG